AUGGAGACAGGCGGCCGGCUUCCUUUUGAGCUGUCCCUGGGGGGGUACAGCGGAAACCUGGUGGUGCAUGGGCUACCGCCCGUGGCACGCCCAAAUGCAGAGUCGCCUCUCCUGCCAUGGAUUCCUGAGCCCCUGUUGCCAGAACCAAGUGUGGAGGCCCUGUGCAAGCGAGUGGAGGAAGAGGCGCUGUUGGUGGCAUUGAGCAACGAUGCAUCGGGGGAGGGAGCACAUUGGGAGGUCGACUGGCGGGGCAGCAUGGCGUUACUGGGGCCCACUACCCCCACCACUGCGCUUGAACCGGUGUGGGGGGGGCCUCGGCAGACAGCUCAGGGAACGGAAGACGAUAGGGUGUUGGAGAUUGGCGAUGAAGAUUUAGCAUUUCGUGAGGUCCCCCUGGAAGACCCCUCCGUUGACGCAGUCAGCUCCUCCUCCCUCCUGCGCCGCCCUGGUCUGCCAGAGGACUUUGUGCGCGGCAGCACCCGCAACCACCCUUUUCUUCCGGGGGGGUUCGAUCUUUCUAACGCUGUUGACGGGGGGGUGCUUCGACCCCUUCCCAAGGGGGCAGUUGACGGCACGUGGCUCCACGAACUGUUCCAGGGGGGUCCUUUCCAAACAGUCGCCCCGGGACUGCCUAGGGGGCUCGCUUUCCCCAUCACCCCCAAGGCGCCAGUCAAGGAAGUGACCCCCCCGAAAGCGAAAGAGACGCCGCCGGACCUGUUGCAGGUGGUGGAUGCUGCUGAAGUCACGAAGGUUCAGACGCAGAUGCUGAGCUAUGACGACCUGUUCUCCGGGAUGGAAGAACUAGAAGAGGAGGCCGCCAGCGAGGAAGAGUCCGAGGAGGGCCAGCGCUCGCCAAAGACCGUGCCGGCGCAGGAGCAACCUGCUCCUGCCGAUGGCCCCCCAGUGGAGGCCGCCGAUGCGGUGGAGGCUCUGCUGGCGGGCGGGGACUCGGACCAGUGGUGGCCGACGGAGAAGGGGAAGAAGGGCGUGCGGGCGGACUAUCGCAAACGGCACAAAGAAGCGGAUGAGGAGGUGUGGGCGGUGAUGGACCGCAUCCCGCGGUUACAGGAGCAGUUUGCGACGCUGGUUCCGGAGAUGGCGCACUCGUACCCCUUCGAGCUGGACGUCUUCCAGAAAGAGGCUAUCGUCCACUUGGAACGGAACGAGUCCGUCUUUGUUGCGGCCCACACGUCGGCCGGCAAGACUGUGGUGGCCGAAUAUGCAUUCGCGUUAGCGACCAAGCACUGCACGCGCGCCAUCUACACGAGCCCCAUCAAGACGAUCAGCAACCAGAAGUUCCGCGACUUCAGCUCCACCUUUGACGUCGGCCUGCUCACGGGUGACGUCAGCAUCCGCCCCGAGGCGCCGUGCCUCAUCAUGACCACCGAGAUCCUGCGGUCCAUGCUCUACAAGGGAGCUGACCUCAUCCGGGACGUCGAGUGGGUGAUUUUCGACGAGGUGCACUACGUGAACGACGUGGAGCGCGGCGUGGUGUGGGAGGAGGUAAUCAUCAUGCUGCCCGCGCACGUGAACCUGGUGCUGCUCUCCGCCACCGUGCCCAACACCUUCGAGUUCGCCAACUGGAUCGGCAGGACCAAGCGCAAACACAUCUACGUCACCAGCACGCUCAAGCGGCCCGUGCCCCUGGAGCACAACCUGUACUACGCGGGCGAGCUGCACAAGAUCUGCGAGAAGGACACGUUCCUCCCGUCGGGGGUCCGCACCGCUCAAGCCGCCCACAAAGCCAAAAACGCUCCUAAACCGCCUGGGGGAGACGGCCGGGGGGGCGGUGGCGGCCAACGCGGGGGCCAGGCCGGCGCCGCUCGUGGUAGGGGGGGGGCUGCCGGAGGGGGCCGGCGAGGGGGGGGGCAAAGUUCGAGCGGGGGGCAUGGGAGGGGGGGCGGAGGCGGGGGGACCGGAGGGGGGUGGAAAGCGGAGACGUCGCAGUGGUAUACGAUGGUGGAAGUUCUGCGGAAGAAGUCGCUGCUGCCGCUCGUCGUAUUCUGCUUUUCGAAAGCGCGGUGUGAUUCGUCGGCGGAUGGACUGACCGCGCUGGACUUGACGGCGUCCGCGGAGAAGAGCGAGAUCCACCGGUUUUGCGACAAGGCGUUCUCGCGGCUCAAAGGCUCGGACCGGAAGCUGCCGCAGGUGCUGCGCAUCCAGGAGCUGCUGCAGCGCGGCAUCGGGUGCCACCACGCGGGGCUGCUGCCGAUCGUGAAGGAGGUGGUGGAGCUGCUCUUCUGCCGCGGCCUGCUCAAGCUGCUCUUCUCCACCGAGACCUUCGCCAUGGGCGUCAACGCGCCCGCACGGACGGUUGCGUUCCACAGCGUCCGCAAGCACGACGGCAAGAACUUCCGGACGCUGCUGCCCGGGGAGUACACGCAGAUGGCCGGGCGGGCCGGCAGGCGCGGCCUCGACAAGGUCGGCACGGUACUUCUCAUGUGCUGGGACGAGAUCCCCGAAGAGGCGGCGCUGCGCACUUUGCUGACGGGGCAGCCGACGCGGCUGGAGAGCCAGUUCCGGCUGACGUACAACAUGAUCCUCAACCUGCUGCGAGUCGAGGACCUCAAGGUGGAAGACAUGCUGAAGCGCAGCUUCGCCGAGUUCCACGCACAGCGCGCGCUGCCCCAGACGCAGCAGCAGCUGCGCCAGCACGAGGCGUCGCUCGCGGCCAAUCAGCUCAACAUCGAGUGUAUUUUGGGCGACCCGACCAUUGCGGCGUACUACGAGUACGCGCGCCAGGUGGAGGACUUGACAGCCGAGCUGACGGACGCCGUGCUGGGCUCGCGGGGAGGACAGGCACUGAUGACGUCAGGCAGACUCAUCAUGGUCAAAACGCCGGACCAUCCUCCAACCUUGGGAAUGGUACUUAGGGAAGCCCCGUCGCGCCCCCCCUCUUCAGGCGCCACCCCCUCGUUGCCAUCUUACUUAGUGCUAGGUUUGCACCGCGGCCCGCUGCCCCCUUCUUCCCAAACCCCCCCCUCGGUUGCCCCGUCACCGACCCCCCGGCCACGAGAAGCGGACCCCGGGGCAGGAAUGCUGGUCGGGAAACGCGCGCGGGACAACCUAGGCGGACUCGACUACGGCGUGACACGUGGCAAGCUCGGGGCGCGCAGUGCCGACGCCCCCGGGGUUGUGAAACUGCCACUGCCGUACCAUGGCGAGAAUUCGGGGACCGGUUACUUCGUUGCGGAAGUGCGGGCAUCGGAUAUCGUGGCGAUCGGGCGGGACAAGGUGCGUGUGGAAGUGGGACGCAUCUUGGAGAGCGAAGCGGGGCCGGAGGCGGGGGCGGUCGGCGCAGCAGUGCAGCGGCUGCAGCUGGCGGAGGCAGAGCUGGCAGGAGAGCCGCUCCCAGAAGUGGAGCCCCGGGAACUCAAGAUGGCGAGCCUCGACGCGGCGGAGCUGUACGCGCAGCGCGGGGCGCUCCUGGCCGCGCUGGCGGGCAAUCCGUGCGCCACGUGUCCCGUGGUGCCACGUCACUACCGGGAGUACCGGCAGCACGCGCUGCUGCGCGAGCGGGUGCGCCACCUCAAGCACGAGCUCAGCGACGACAACCUGCAGCAAAUGCCAGACUUUGAACAGCGGGUGGCGGUCCUGCAGCAGCUGGGCUACCUCGACGCCGAGCGCGUGGUGCAGAUAAAAGGCCGAGUAGCGUGCGAGGUCAACAGUGGGGACGAGUUAAUAGCGGCGGAGAUGAUCCUGGACAAUCAGCUGGACGACUUGGAACCCGCCGAGGCGGUCGCCCUUUUGAGCGCCUUCGUGUUCCAGGACAAAAGCGCAAGCGAACCGGAGCUGACGGCCACGCUUGCGGCCGCGCGCGACAGGCUGGCGGCGACGGCGCUGCACUUGGGCAAAAUCCAGGCGGACCACGGGCUGCCCAUCGUGCCGGACGAUUACCUCAAGGGAGCGCUCAAUUUCGGGCUCAUGGAGGUCGUGUACGAGUGGGCGCAGGGGACGCCCUUUUCCGACAUUUGCGCCCUGACCGACGUUCCCGAAGGAUCGAUCGUGCGGUGUAUUGUCAGGCUAGACGAGACGUGUAGGGAGACCAAGAACGCGGCGCGCUUGAUUGGAAAUUCGAGCUUGUAUCAGAAGAUGGAGGCUGCGUCAGCCGCUAUCAAGCGGGACAUAGUGUUUGCUGCGAGCUUGUACGUUACAGGAACGGCUUCAUUCUGAACCCCUCCUUUUGAUCGUGGACUCCAUUCCUUCCGAGAUCGCCGCUCGCGAGUUGAUUGCAAAUUCCGAGUUUCGACAAUCUGCUAGUCUGCAUAAUCCCCGGGACAAGUGUAGCAGUUUCCUAGCACGGUCUGCCAGGGGAAGCCUAUAGUCCACGUGACUACGGCCCGCGCGUCCAAGUUGGAACCAGAGUACAUCACGCAUGGUGCUAAUCUAUUUACCUACCUUGAUUGCGGGACACAUUUGCAGUGG